UCCCUCUCUACGGGCCCGCGCGGCUCCUUCCCCUUUUGUUCCAGGCAAAAGGCUUGUUUAGCCUCGCAGAAAGCGCCGGGGAGGCCGAAGCGUCGCUUGGCUCUGCUGCAAGUGCCUGCCGCGAUCUCCCCUCUUUCCCUGCUUGGAACCUCAAGCCAAGCCAAGCCCAGCUAAGCUCGGCUGGGCGGACGGAGGCAAGCCAAGCAAAGCCAAGGCUGAGCAUCCUCGUUCCUGGCGGCAUCCCUUGCAUCUUCUCGCCCGCCGCUCCGGCUGCCUCGGCGGAUGCCGCUCCUUUUGCAUCCGAAGGGAGUGGCAGGCGCCGGCGCGCCUUCCACGGAGCAGCGCCGCCGCCGCCGCCCCCGGCGUCCUUUCUGUUAAAAGAGAGAGAGAGAGAGCCGGCGCGCUUCGGGGCCAUGGCCUAAGUCAGGCCGGGAAAAGGAGAAGGAGAAAAAGCUCAGCUUUUUUGGGGGAACCGGUUCUCCGUCCGGACUGGGGCCGGGUGGAAGGAAGGAAGGAAAGAAGGAAGGUCUCUAAAGGUAGAUGAAGGGGCGUAUCACUUAGAUGCUUGAACGUGCGGCACUGGCCAACCAAUCACAGGACCAAAGGAUUCUUGUACCUUGAGGUGCAAACCUGGGCAAAGAUGUUGAAGCCAAGCGGACUUAAAAUUCCCGGGAGGACCGGGAAGCAUGCUAGUCCGGUGGGACGUCCUGGUGGGACAACAGCAACUGCUUCCACAACCAGCAGUGCCACAAAAGAAGGAUCACCUCUCCACAAACAGGGUUCCACGUCUUCCACAGGUGCCUCCGAGAAGCUGCCAGGGUCAAAAAUUGCUGAGGUGGGCGAUGAUUUCUUGGGGGACUUCGUGAUGGGUGAACGUGUUUGGGUGAAUGGAGUGAAGCCAGGCAUAAUCCAGUAUUUGGGAGAGACCCAGUUUGCCCCUGGUCAGUGGGCUGGAGUUGUUCUAGAUGACCCGGUUGGGAAGAACGAUGGUUCUGUAGGCGGAGUGCGUUAUUUUGAAUGCCAGCCACUCCAGGGGAUCUUCACGAGGCCUUCCAAGUUGACCCGCCAACCCACGACGGAGGGUUCAGGAAGCGAUGCUCAUUCUGUGGAGUCUCUGACAGCUCAGAACUUAUCCUUGCACUCCGGGACUUCCACCCCACCUCUUUCCACUCGUGUCAUUCCUCUGCGGGAGAGCGUUCUCAACAACACCAUGAAGACUGGAAAUGAAUCUGGUUCCAACCUCUCGGACAGCGGAUCGGUGAAAAAAGGGGAUAAAGACUUCAGACUUGGGGACCGUGUCCUUAUUCAACAUACAAACGGAUCUGAACAAGUUCCUGAGAAACAAAGAAGCCAUUUUGAUGUCACCAAGAGGUUGAGGAAAGUCUCGAUAAAUGUAAAACAGGCAAGCAAUGUUGGUGGAACAAAAACUGGUGUGGUGCGCUAUGUAGGGGAGACGGAUUUCGCCAAAGGUGAAUGGUGUGGUGUGGAGUUGGAUGAACCUCUGGGAAAGAACGAUGGAGCUGUUGCUGGAACAAGAUAUUUUCAGUGCCCACCAAAGUUUGGCCUCUUUGCCCCUAUUCAUAAGGUCAUCCGGAUCGGAUUCCCAUCCACCAGCCCAGCCAAAGCGAAGAAAAGUAAGAGGAUGGCCAUGGGUGUCUCAGCCUUGACCCACAGUCCCAGCAGUUCGUCUAUCAGCUCCGUCAGUUCCGUGGCCUCCUCCGUAGGGGGAAGGCCUAGCCGGAGUGGACUGCUGACUGAGACCUCUUCUCGUUAUGCCCGGAAGAUCUCUGGCACGACAGCCCUUCAGGAAGCAUUAAAGGAGAAACAGCAGCACAUCGAACAGCUCCUGGCUGAGCGUGACCUGGAGCGUGCUGAAGUUGCUAAGGCAACCAGCCGCAUAUGUGAGGUGGAGAAGGAGAUUGCCAUCUUGAAAGCUCAGCAUGAGCAGUAUAUAACAGAAACUGAGGGAAAUUUGCAGAGAGCACGAGCCUUGUUGGAUGGAGCGCAGAAGGAGAAAGUAGAGUUGCUGAACCAGUUAGAAGAGGAGAAAAGGAGGGUAGAGGAUUUGCAGUUCCGAGUUGAGGAAGAAUCCAUUACAAAGGGAGAUUUGGAGACUCAGACGCAGCUGGAGCAUGCUCGAAUACGGGAGCUCGAACAGAGCCUCCUGUUUGAGAAGACCCAGGCAGCAAAGCUUCUCAGAGAAUUGGAGGAGAGCAGGCAGUCCACUAUGCUGAACAAAAGGUUUGUUUUCAAGAUGGAGAAUGCUGGGACUGAAGGAUUAACUACCGUGGCAGAGAAGUCACGAAUCCUUCAGCUUGAGGAAGAGUUGACUUUAAGGCAAAGUGAGGUUGAAGAGUUGCGGCAGUGUUUAAAGAAUUCCCAUCAGCCGGAGUCUCCAGAUCACAGCCUGGGCCUGCAGACUGAAACUCUCCGCUUACGUGACCAGCUGUUUUCAGCCAACAAGGAGCACCAAAAAGAGAGUAUCCAACAGAAAGAGAAGUAUGAGAGGACUUUGAAGAAGCACCAGCAGGAGGUUGAAAAGUUGAAAGCUCUCAAUGAAAAGUACUCCCAAGAAAUUGUGGACCUCAAGCAAAAAGUUCAGCAGGCCACCAAUGAGAACAUGGGCUUAAUGGACAACUGGAAGUCAAAGCUGGAUACGUUAGCGUCAGACCAUCAGAAGUCAUUGGAGGACCUCAAGGCUACUUUGAACACAGGCUCUGACAGCCAGCAUAAGGAAAUAGUGGAGCUGAAAGCUGUAGUAGAAAGCAUCAAAUUGGAGCACCAGUUAGAGCUGGAGAACCUAAAAGCUAAGCAUGACAUUGAGAUGGCAGUUCAUAUUAAAGAGAAGGAAAGCCUUAAGCUGAAGGUACAAGAAGUCAAGGAGGAAAUGGAAGAAAGUGACAACAAUUGGAAGAGCCAGUUGGAAACCAAAACGAACCAGCAGCUUAUGGAACUUCAGGACUUGAAGGAUAAGUGUCGAGAUGCUGACCUCAGAGUUCAUGAGCUGGAGAAGCUACACAGUGACUACAAAGACCAGGCACAAGCCAUAGCUUUCUUGAAAGAGCAGAUCUCCUUGGCUGAGAAAAAGAUGUUGGACUAUGAGACCCUGCAGAAAACUGAGGUUCAGAGUAAACAAGAGAUUCAGCGGUUACAGGAGAAAGUUCUUGUGUUAGAGAAUAAAUUGCACUUCACGGAGGCCCUCCACCCUUCCCAACCCACCAAUAUGAUUGAAACAAAUGACAUUUCAGAAGAAAAGAUCAAGAUGAAACAAGCAAUGGAAGAUCUCCAGGACAAAUUGAGUAAAAAGGACAAAGAGGUAUCAUCGCUUGUCUCCCAGACGGAUACUCUAAGGGCCCAAGUAAGUGCACUGGAAAAUAGAUGCAAGAGCUCUGACAAAAAGGCGGAUUCUUUGUUGAAAGAAAAGAAAAGGCUGGAAGCAGAUCUAGAAACCAUGUCAAGAAAAACCCAUGAUGCUUCUGGUCAGCUGGUUCUGAUCAGCCAGGAGCUAUUAAAAAAAGAAAGAAGCUUGAAUGAGCUGCGGGCGUUGCUAAUGGAAGCCAACCGGCACUCGCCAGGCCCUGAGCGAGACUUAAGCCGCGAGGUGCACAAAGCUGAAUGGAGGCUGAAGGAGCAGAAGCUCAAAGAUGACAUCAAAGGACUGCGAGAAAAACUCAGCAUCCUGGACAAAGAAAAAGCAGUCACAGAUCAGCGGAGAUAUUCCCUUAUUGAUCCUUCCUCGGAGACCGAGAUCCUCAGAUUGCAACACCGGCUGGUCAACACCGAAGACGUCCUGAGGAACGCCUUGGAGCAGGGCCAGCAAAUGGAAAAACUGGUGGAAGCUAUGCGCAGCUGCUCUGAAAAAGCACAGACUAUUGGAAACUCUGGAUCUGCUAAUGGAGUCCAUCAGCAGGAAAAGUCUCACAAACAGGAGGAGAAACACUGAUGGAAAAGAAGGAAGGAAGAGAGGAAAGGAAUAUGGAAAUCAUUGGAUCUGUUGUUGAGAAGAGGAAAACUUGGAGAUGCCUCCCCUAAGCACCACCAAAAGUAUUUCCACUCUAUGAACCAAGUGGAAGUCGAGAAGGAGGGUUCCUCCCCGGUGAUUUCUUUUAGUUCUACGUUGAGUCCAGUUCCUCCAAAGAUGCGGUACAGCGGUUGUGCCUGUGGCUGAAUUUCUCCUUUGGCAAGGCUGCAGCCUUUGGCAGUCAUUUUUAUUGGCAUGGUGUAUAUCAUGUCAGGGUUUUUUUGGGAGGUACUUCCUGCUGCGCCAGCGAGAUACCUCAUUUCAGUGGCUUUUGAAAGACAUUGGAGAUUUUUCUAAGAGACGUUCCCCUUGAAUACUUGCUUCAGUAGCUAAUAAUUUGCACAUAGCAUUCAUAUUUCCCCCUCCAGAUCCGCCGGAUGGACCCAGGUUAUAGGUCUGCAAAAGAACUAAGAUUGAGCGCCACUGACCUUAGGGAACAACCCAAUGUCUGUCUGAAAAGAAUCUCUGCCCUCUACUUUAAAAAAAAAACUUUGAGGUCAGAAAUAUAGAGACUUUGCUUAAACCUAAUGAUAUAAUAUGGGAUACGCCUUUUGGGGUGGGCCUUCUCUAACUUAUUUUAACUUCAGUAAUUAUCAAACCAUUGGUGAUUUUAGAGUUUUUGAAUCAAUGGUGGACUUCCACGCUGGUGCCCAUAUAGUUACUUCUCUCAUCUGUUCAGUGAUACAUCUUCUUUAAGCCAAUGAUAAACCCUUGAAAACUAAAGUUGUGAUUGACCUAGAGAUCUAAUCAGCAACUCCCUGGUGCAGCUGAGAUGCCCUUGUUUUAAGGGUGGAGGGGUAUGGUAUCCUUUCUUUCUCUGACUUAUUAUGCUUGAAAUUCUGAAACAUUUCCCCAAUAUCCUAAGGGUUCUUUUCUUUUCUUUUUUAAACAACUUAGGCCCCGUUUAUACACGCAGCAAGAAUUGCAAGGUUAAAAACCCUUUUCACCCAAGUAAGAUGCCUUUCAAGUGUUUCGGAUUUCAGCUUCCAAUCGUUAAGACGGAACUGCAAAUAAUGGAUAGGGGGGAAAUCCAAAAUAGGCGGAGAAUCCGUUGCCUGCCUCUGUGCUUCUGUUUUGCACAGAUUGGUCUGUUUGGGUGUUGGUUCUACCACUGCAAAUAACAAGGAGAGUAGCUUGUUUGAGGUGACAAGGAAAGAAAGUAGCUUGUUUGGGGUGAAGGCCAGAAAAAUCCAACCUAACCUUUGGAGCACAAAUGCUUUGCAGCCUGUGGCAGUAAUCUUCAGAUAGUACGUUCUCCCUUGGUUUUCUUGCAUGUAUAAAUUUGAGACCCAGAUGAAUUUCCAGAUGAGAAGAUGUCUUAAGUGUUUAAAUAUGAAUGAUUGCAGCAAGAAUGUCCACUUGUGUGUUUGUAUGGUUAUUCUCUUUUUUUUUUCCUGCUAGCGGUAUGCAGAUUUUGAGAGAGAUUGAGCAUCCAGUGUGAGUGUUGUCUUACAAAAUGCCUUCUUUUGUAAACAUCAUUUGUUAAAAGAAGCUGUCUAGAAAUUGGUGCUAAGUAGAGAGAACCUAAGAAGUGGUCCAGAGGAAGAGGCCUCCAAAAAAAAAAUCUACUUCCCCACCACCCCAGGGUGAGCAUUCUUUCUCUUCAUUCUCCCAAUAUUACAUUGUGGUUUUCUCCAUCCUACCACCACUAUGGGAUUUGAGGAUUCCAGAGGAACAAAACUCCUUAUUGUUGUCAGUUCUAGUAACCAUCCGAAGCAAGAUCACAUUACUGCUAUUUUCAUCCAACUCAGAGAUGCCAGCUGAAAAAAGCAAAGUAAAUAGUCCGGACAGCUGUCUGGCGUUCAGCAAGAAGUAUCCUACAGGUUGAAUUGAUGCUAGUCCACUGGCAUAGUUUCAAAUAGUGUUACGGAAACAGAAAUCCUUUGAAUGAGGAGUGCUGGAAUUUGGAAACAAAGAGCUUAUAAUGCUAAACCUACAUGUUCGUUCUUUCUGUAAUCCUAACAGUUCUGUGCUCUCAAGGAUAAAAUCCCAGGGCACCAAAGAUCCAAACAGCUGAACUUUGGAACAACUGAACUGCCUGCUCCAAUGAGCUAUGGAAUCUAAUUGGACCCUUUCUUUGGUACUUAGACCAGAUUACUCCACUACUUCUUUAUGCCUCGUAGGCGCUGCUUCUUUCCUUGAGAGUUAAGGAUCAGGAUCCUACCUUGGAGCUUCACAUUUGGUGUCUUCUCCAUGAAGUUAUCUAUUGAAGAGAACUGGUGAUGGAGAAUGUAGGGUUCCAAUUGGAAAAACUAUCUCUAUGGGCUCUGAUCAGGCAUGUUAAGGUUGCGAAUGUGGUUUUUGCUGCUUUGUCUUUUAAGGUGGCCAACUAAUUCUUAUUGAAAACUGCUACCUAGGAGGAAGUGCCAUGUCAGCUUCAUGUAUUUUAUGAUCCUUCUAAAGGCCUUGGACUCUACUUUCAUAGUGACAAAUUUGCCAGUAUGUACAGUAAACUUUCACACACUGAUGUCCUCUGGUUUUAUUGGGAUCUCCAAGCCCACAUAAAGAUGUCUAGCUUUUGAUUAUGCUAGCUUAAUCUGGAAAUUGGAGUCCCAAGACGUAUGGAAGUAAUCAGGAUGAGGAAAGUUGAUUUACAGUAUUAAGGAUAAUAAGUUACCCAUUUGUCUUCAUAUACCUCUAUUUUUCUUCAGCUCUUUGCCAUUUUUCUAUUUUCCUUUAUUGAUUUGUAUCACCUGAAAUGUUGCUGGUUGAUCUUUUUUUUUCCCUGCAAAAAAAUGGGCAGUGCAAAUAACGAUGGUGGCAUUUUCUAAUCGAGUUGUCUUUCUUCUGUGUUCUGUUUUGAUGGACAGGAAUUGGAGCAAGCUGGCAAGGGAAACCACAGAAAAAUAAUAUUUUGGAGGAACUCUAAUGAGAUGCUUUUAGUGUGAUAAUUCUCAACACAGGUUGUUGUUUUUUUGCUUUGAUAAAUUAUGUCUAUUUGUGGAUGAAUCAAAAAAUCAACACUUCUACAAAUCUUUACCAUUCCUUUCUUUUCACUGACACUGUUUUGUCAUGCCAUUAAUUAAAGUUACCUUUUGGGAACUGAAUUGCAGAGAUGGCCAUUAAGAAGCCAGGAUCUAGGGAAUAUCAAUGAAUUGUCUGUUAAUGCAAAGUUUGCUCCUGCUUGGCUAAUUCUAUACAGGUGAACAGCUUAACUAACCAGAAAUAGAAAACGUACCUUGAUGUCUGAAUAUGGAAUCCUGGUUUAUUCUACAGCUAAAUAAGAGAUUGGUGUUGGUUUAUGAACGCUGGCUGUAUGAGGGGUAAUUAACAAAGAAUCCAGGUUCCAAUGACAAAAGCAUUUUCUUGGGCCAACAGGCAAUAAGUGGGAAUUUGUACUUAACAUACUAUUCAUUCACUAUUAGCCAGAAUUCAUCAGAGUACCAGUUUACUUUUGUAUGCAAACACUGUCUUUGAAAGAAGAGUGUCAAUUAACUUCUUUAUUUUCCAUCUUCUGAUAGAGAGCUGGGAUUAUUCAAGUCCUUUCCAGCCACUUGUUCGUUUUAUUUAUUCACCUAAUGGCAAAAUUUGUCCAUUAUGACCCUUAAAAACGUACUAGUAAUUUAUCUGCACAGGAUUGCAAACCAAAGUAAUUGUGCUAUAUUACAAGCAAGAGGCCAGUCCAUCCUACCAUUUUCAUCCAGAGGAAAAAGAGAGAUGGAAAGCAAAAUUCAACAAUAACAAAAGGUUAUAAAAGCGCUAACAUUCCUGGUUCAUUUUCCAGCUCUUCUGACUUUAAGCCACAGAAGGGUUAGUGGGACACUUAGUGAAAGUCUGAACUUGUAGCUUUGCUGUGUGGUGACAGUUUGCCACAGCCAACUCCUUGCAACCAACUCACCAUGGCCAACUUGCCCCAUCCAACUCGCCAUGGGACAAGAGUUACACUAUUAUCAAAUAAAUGGUGAAAUAGAAUCAUUAAAGAAAGGAUGCAAAAGGAUCCUUCAUUCAAAAAAUGACCCAAUUUUUUUUAAAAAAAAAUAUUUUCAAUAAUUAAAUUGAAUUAUGAAAUUGUCCAGUGGUGAGUUGGCUGCAAUGAGUUGGCAGCAGCGAGUUGUUCCAUUUUGGAGUGGGAUUGCCAAAAAUGCAAAAAGUUGGAUUUUUUUUCCCUUGUAAGAAACAGCAACUUUGUAAAAUUUUGGCAGCAUGGUUGAGAAUCUUGUAUCUCCUUUUGAAACAGAAAUGCAGGUGUAUUCUUCUAUAUCCUGUGCGCGUUAAGUUCUCAAACUUGAUGCUUUCCAGACUUACCAGUCUCUAAUUCUCAAUACAACAUGCUGAGAAUUUUGUUAUAGUCCAAUACAUCUAGAGCAGGGGUGUCCAAACUUGGUCCCUUUAAGACUUUUGGACUUCAACUCCCAGAGUCCCUCAGCCAGCAAAGCU